UUGAUGUUUCUGUGGGAAUUUUUUUUCAUGAAACACCUUCCGUGUUUGGUUUUAGCUGACGUCUAAAAUAAAAAAAAAAAAAGAAAAGAAGACUCUUCUAAAAGUGAAACGAAAUGCUGCUUGUAAUUUCGACGUUUAAUGUUUGACGUACGAUGUCUUCGGUGCUUUUAACGCUUGGCUAUUUUUUCCGGUAACGCUGACGUGACGCUGAAGUAUGAUUCGGACAAACAGCAUUAACGCAGAUUGUGAUCACAGUCCCGCCGCUAACGAUCGCUGCACACAAUGUCGCAACUGGAGCGCAUUUUGGCUCCUAGGAUUGUGCAACAACUUUGCUUAUGUGGUUAUGCUGAGUGCUGCCCAUGACAUCCUCCAAAAACAAGAGUCGGGGAACUCCACAGGAUCUAUUGGGACUACAUUAGUGACGAACUUUGCAAAUGCAAGCAGUAGCAACAGUAGCCGCUAUGACUGCAAUCCUGUCUCUACUGCGGCUGUGCUGUUAGCUGACAUCCUCCCAACGCUUAUCAUCAAGUUGGUUGCUCCCUUUGUAAUCCACAAAGUGCCUUAUGGCUUCCGAGUGUUGUUCUGCGUCUUCAUGGCGGGUUUAAGUUUUCUCCUCGUGUCCUUCUCCUCCGCUGUGUGGAUGAGCAUUCUGGGUGUGAUCUUUGCCAGUAUCGGUGCAGGGCUGGGAGAACUGUCUUUCCUCUCUCUCACUGCCUUCUUCAGCAGGAAUGUUCUGGAAGGAUGGGGUUCAGGCACUGGUGGCGCUGGUGUUGCUGGAGCGUUUCUUUACUCGUCCUUCACACAGGCGGGUCUGUCACCCCGGGAGACACUCCUCAUAAUGCUGGUUAUCCCUUUUCUGAUGUUGAUUAGCUAUUUCUUCCUGCUGGUUUCACCGCCUUCACUACCUCAGUGGAAGAGGAGUGAGACAGAAUGUCUGGCUGUAUGGCCGGAAGAGAGGCAGCACCUGAUGGAUGAGUCUGAUGAUAAAGAACAGCAGGAGGAAUCAACAAGAGAGGGCACAAGGUCAAGUCCUCUCAGCUGCACAGAGAAACUGCACGUCAUCAAAGGUUUACUGAAGUUUGUGCUUCCCCUCGGAUUGGUUUACUUCGCGGAGUAUUUCAUAAAUCAGGGCCUGAUGGAGCUCCUGUACUUCCCAGAUUUUUACCUGACCCACGCGGCACAAUAUCGCUGGUACCAGACUCUGUACCAGGUUGGUGUGUUGGUGUCUCGGUCUUCACUGUGCUGUGUGAAAAUCAGGAAACUGUGGGCACUUUCUUUGCUGCAGGUGGUGAAUGCAGUGUUUCUCCUGUUUGCAGUGAGAUACCUGUUCCUGCCCAGCGCCUGGGUGGUGUUUGUUGUUAUCCUCUAUGAGGGUCUGCUGGGUGGAGCUGCAUAUGUCAACACAUUCUACUUCAUCAGCAUGGAGACUGCAGACAGAUACAGGGAGUUUGCCAUGGCGGUUGCCAGUGUGGGAGAUAGUUUUGGCAUUGCGCUGGCUGGACUCGCUGCGUUUCCUGUGCACACACACUUCUGCUCUGAGUGAACCCACCUGCACACUGGAGGAGGAGGAUGACAGCGUGAGUUUCAGAUAUCUGCAGAAACAAUGUCAGAGCGUACUACCAAAGCACAGAACAUAAAAGUGGGGGAAAAUGCCCAAAACAUCCUGUUUUCUUUUAUGUUACACAUAAACUACAUACAGAUGUGUAAAGUUUUACUGACCAUUGCUUUUUAGUUUGUGUUGGAGUUGGGUUGUUACACUGUUUUAUUGAUAAUGUCUUUAAUCCUGUCUUUAAUCAUGUGGUUGUCUGUUGUUUAUGAUUUCUUUUAAUUUAUUUGGGGGAUAAUUGUAUUUUAUGACUGACCAAUUUUGAUUGCCAAGGGUUGUGAGGAUUCAGGUUUUGAAAAAGCUUGUCUGUUUUCCUGUACAUUUUGAAACCAAUUAAAUAAAACCAAAUAACAUUUUA